CAAAGGUGGCUCUCUGCCUUGUUUGCUGUCUAUUGCGUGUCGAAAUGUCAAAAACACACGAAGUCAAUGAACUUUUGAACUUACUGGGACUGCGAAUACUGCACAGUCACUACAAUUCGGCAGCACAUGUAGUCGAUAAUUGGUGCUGUCUACUUAAGAUAAUUGGUAUAUUAAUUAAUUCUCAUAUCCAACCAUGAUGUUAAAAAGUGUAGUGGUGAUUGUAUUGUCCAUUGCGUUGUAUGUAGUGACAAGACCAAGACCACCAUUGAGUUAUGAAAAUAAAGAAGGCAACGCACCACAGUUAUCAAUGCCUAUUUACUACAGUCAUGUUGGUCUUGCUGUUGUACCUGAGACUGCAGAACAACAUUUUGAUAUGCUACGACGAGUGUUUCUGAUGAAUUUAAAUGAAGAAGGUAAAAUCAAUUUGCCGCCCCCACCUAAAGUCACACAGUACAUACCUCCUGUUUUUCAACCAGUAAUUAUGCCUGUGUUCCAUGCUGUCAAGAGGUUUCUUCCAACUGUUCUACUUUCCUUUUUAUCUCGUGACCCUCGCGACCACCACCAAAUAGCGGUAAUUCACGCUCGUCCUGAGAAAGUUGAGUACAAUGAAUUGCAUUACUAUGCAUUCAGAGUGGACAGCCUGGAGACUUUACAGAGAAUGAUGAUAAUGUUGAAGGAAGAGUCCACAGUGACUAAUGUGAGGGCUGUCAAUGAGUGUGACCAGUUGGUUUUGUAUGUGAAUGAUGUUAAUGGUGACCUUAUCAAAGUCUACAUGGAAACUGGUUACCAUGUUACGGAUUUUGUCCAAGUUGCAGUGGACUUAAAUAGUAAGAAUGUAGAACAGCAUGUAAACCAGUUAUGUUCAAAGUUGUCAGGAUUUCAGACCAAGAGAGCAUGGCUGCAGUCGUUAAAGAAACAACAUCCACAAUUAGAAUCCUUGGAUAAGCCGUCAAAGUUCUGGGCAGCAAACCACACUAAUGAUCCGUGGCAGAGAAAUAUCAGUUUUAGUCACAUCAGUGUUAAGGUACAUAAUCUAGAUGGUAUGGUGAAUUUCUACUCAAGAGUUUUGGGACUUAUUCCAGUGAAAUAUGGUUACUAUGGCACCCAGAGAUUUGUUCAUAUGAUAUCUUCAGAAUAUCGGCCAUUUGAGUUCAUCGAAGAUCGACCAAUGUCAUUGCUAGAUCUGGACUUUCCAGUGUGCAAUCAGUUCUCAUUUCGAAUAAAGAGUUUGAAAGAUCUGAGGGAAUUUCAACAACAUUUAUCACAGGAGCCUGUCCAUUCUGUCACGCCUAUUUCUCAUGGUAGCUGUUGGGCUGUCUAUUUUUGUGAUCCAGAAAACAAUCGCAUUGAAAUCUUUGCAGAUGGCGAAAAUUAUGUAAACCAGCCUGUAAUUGAAGACUUUGACCUCAGCAAAUCAGAUGAGGAGCUGCAUGACAUUGAUGUUGUUACCUGGCAACACCAUCCAUCAUUUCAACCAAAUGAAGAAUACCAUAUGAAAAUGGCAAAGAAGUUGCAUCUCACAGAGAAGACAUAGAAUUUCAUUCAUAGCUAUUACUUAACAACGAAUCAUGAAUAAAUUAUAAAAUGUUUAGGUAUAUUUACCUGUAACGCUGGUUCCCAAUCUUAUGUUAAUUUUGUAAUUUGGUGUCCAAUCACUCAUUUAUGAGACAUUGUAAUACCAUUACUAACAUGUUGGGCUGUUUCCACCAAUCAAAUCGCAAGAUGCCCAUGCAUUAUCAACAUAUAGAUUUGAGAGAAUUUGUAAAAUGAACAUCAUCAUUUGGAACAGAAAUUGGAGAGAAUGGAGCUGCUAGAAAAUGGUUCUAGUGUUCAAAUGGGAGCCAAAGUCAUGUAUGUUAUAUAUAGUGCCUUUGGACAUGCAUUACUGUGAUUACACCCAUGUUAGAAUCCGCCAUGAGCCUCUAUCCCUGUAAAGGCUGCUUCUCAUUCGACAUCCUAUACAUUAUACAUGCAGAUAAAGCCAUGAAUAAAGAUUUCACGUCAAUUUAAUUAUGCAAAUCAAUACACGCACACAUUAUAAUUUACAUAAAAAUUAAACUUAUUUUUCAUGAAAUAUUUCUUUCAUUUGUUUCUUGUAUUCUAACAAAAAAAAUCUGUGACAAAAUGUGUGUCCAUGGUUAUCAAUUGCAUCUGAUGACUAGCGUGCCCAUCUACCAUAGUAUUUGUAUCAAUUCUAAUAAUUAUGCUAUAGUGUUGAUGCAAUCUGUAAAAUAUGGUAAUUAAUGGCAUUUACCAACCACUUUUAUGAGUAUCAAGAGAUUCUGAAACGCUGAUGUAUGUGUGUUCUAAAUAAAGAAUGAAAUGAUUCUA